AUGGGAAAGAAAAGUUUCUUGGCGAUGAGGAGGGAUGAAGAAAUGGCAAGUGACUUGCUUGCUUCUGAUUUUCAAGACGUUACUGUUGCUGCUAAGAAGCUAGCUAAUCAUGCUAUCAAGCUUGGCGGGUCAGGAUUUGUUACCACUUUUCUUCAAUGGAUCGCUGCUUUUGCUGCAAUUUAUCUACUGAUCUUGGAUCGAACGAACUGGAAAACCAACAUUCUUACUGGUCUAUUAAUCCCUUACAUUUUCUUUACUCUUCCUUCAAUAUUGUUCAACCUGUUCAGAGGAGAAGUUGGAAAAUGGAUCGCUUUCGUUGCUGUUAUAUUGCGUCUUUUCUUCCCAAAACGUUUCCCAGAUUGGCUUGAGAUGCCUGGUGCUUUGAUUCUUCUUAUAGUGGUGGCUCCCAGUUUGUUUGCGAGCACAAUAAGGAAUGACUGGAUUGGCGUGGCCAUAUGUCUAGUCAUUGCAUGUUAUCUGCUGCAAGAACACAUCCGGGCAUCGGGUGGGUUUAGAAACUCCUUCACAAAAGCACAUGGCAUAUCCAACACUGCUGGCAUAGUACUUCUGUUUGUUUAUCCUGCCUGGGCAUUGCUGACUGAUUUGCUUUAA